UUAGAUCGUGUUCUCUGCGUCAUCGAAACGUUAUACUCCGCUCCGCAAGAAGCCGCAGUGCUCUUUUUAGACAGGAUCCGCACGGUGACUCGGAAGCAGAACGCCGGCCGAUACUCUUUGCUGACAUCUAUGAUGAACAGUAAACGAAUACCUGUAGAUAACGACGAUCGUGUUUAGAAGAUUCACGUAGACCGAUUUGCGGUGGUUAAGGAGUCCCAUCCUCCACCGAAAUCUGCCUGCCGAAAGGGAUGGUCAAUCUCGGGAUCUCCAAGGUCGACGAUGCAGUGGCUGCAAAACAUCCGGGUUUGCAGCAUUACGCUGCAUGCCAGUCACGUGCGUUCAUGACAGGAAUGGGGACCUUUAUUUUCGGCACAGCGGGCUUGUUCGCCUUGCAGAAGGCCCUGCAGAGGAGGCUCCAUUAUCCACUUCAGUGGAACCUGCUGCUCUCAGUGGUGGCCGGCUCAGUCUGCAGCUACACAGUGACGCGCUGGGAGACCCAGAAGUGCUCGGACCUGUGGAUGUAUCUGGAAACGGGCAGCUACCCGGACAGGGCUCCUGAGAAUGAGGAAGCUCCUUCCACGACAGAACCUGGUCCUAAAACCACGCAGUACGGGGAUGUGAUGGAAUAGCAGAAGAUGUCCCGCUGUCAGACACUUGCACACUCAGUCAUCAUGUCCUCCUGUGGAUCUUCUUGGUAAUCUGUUUUUUUCCCGGAAAUCCAAGACAUGUUUCGUAGGUUGACUGAUAUCCCUCAAUUGCUUGUAGAGUGUGUUAGCAUGUGCAGUGUUAUUGACUGGGAUUCAAUCCAGGGUGUAUCCCUGCCCUGUGCCCUCUGCUUCCUGGAAUAAACUCCAAGCUUACUGCAUUCUUGCAGUGGUGAGGCAGUUAUGGAAACGGACUGCUCGAUUUCACCGACAGGUGGUGCUGUUUAGUUUAGUUUCAGCUUUUUAAGGGCAUGUUGGGGAAAUCUAGAUGUAUGAAGAUGUUGUACAUGUUGUUUUUUAUUGUUAACUUUAAAAUUGGCUGUAUAAAUUUCCUGUGAAGAGUAACAAUAAAAAAGGCUGUUUCCCUACAA